GAGAGAGAGAGAAAGAAGGGAAAGAAUAAGAAGCUUGGGGUUGUGGGCAUCUCCAUCUCCAUUGGAGAGAAGCUGUGGAGGUUUUGGAGAAGAGAAGGGUUUCGUGCUUCCAGUCGAGAGAAGCGGCCGCUUGAGAUUCCGGCGGCGGCGUCGGACAGAUUACAGGGAUAAAUUCCAACUAUCACAAUAUCUCUCUAAUCAGAGAGCAAAUGGAGGAGGCAGGAGAACCAAAAGAGAGCCCUAACGACAAGAAAAUCCAAGAAAAGAGGGCAAAAUCAUGCAAGGGUUGCCUCUAUUACUCAUCCACCUUCAAAUCCGAUUCCCGCAGUCCUCUCUGCGUCGGCCUCACCCGGUCCCUUCCCCGUGUACCAAACCAUAUUGUUGGUGAAUCUGAAAUGGAAGCCUCUAGAGAGGGGAGGAGCCUUGCGGACUUCAAAUAUGCAUGUGUUGGUUACUCUGUGUACUCAGAUGGAAAAGAUCCUUCAAUAGAGACAAAAUCAGAAUUGCCAGUCUGUGUCGGCCUUGAGAUUUUGGUGGACAAAAGAGUUAAUACUAAUGACUCUGUACCUGCUCCUGUUCAUAAUAAAGAAGAUGCUCAUGCGAUUCCACAUCCUCGACCUCAGAAACCUGCUCAUUCCAUAGGGGAUGAGUUCUUGAGCAGAUUCUCUCGAAAUGCGAGUAUUGUUGCAAUGGGGGUGGCGAAGAAUCUGCGCAAAGUGGGCAACCAUGUCAAAGAACGUCUUGACGACAUCCUAAAUCGACGACCAAAGUAACACUGCUAAUGGUGCACCCCACACAAAGACGACACUAUGAAGAAAAUAAGCAAAGAAGCAGGAGCUAGCUCUGGCCGGUUAUAUCCAUUACUUAAACCUUGAACAGUCUCCCCUCCUGUUCUGAGUUAAGAUCCCUGAAACAAUCCGUCCAUCAAAAACUGUUGGAAGUAGGGGUGGGGGGUUUGGCAUUUUUGGUGUCGAAUUAUAAGUCAAGUGAAGGAGCUAUGUUAUUGGUGUAGGGGCAUCUAUCUGCAGAGUCUGGGUUGGAAGGAGAGUUAGCAGCUGUUCUGUACAAGGAAGCUUUAUUCUUUUCUGAACAGUGCUGCUUUUCAGAAAAGUUAUCAUCUUGUUCUUGUACAGUAGUGGUUUUCAAGUUACUGCCAAAUUAGAACAACUGAUGACUUAGUUGGUUGAAACCCGUUGAGGAUACAAUAAAAGUUUGCUCGGAUCUUUGUUGAA